CUUCCUUCCUGCUACCACAAUUUCUGUCCUGGCCCUGCUGGACAGCUAAGUUGAUAUACUACACGCAAUCAGCCACUACAGCGCUUUUUAUCCAAAUAUUCAGCUGCCUCCCGUCGUCUUCGACUUCGACUAAAGACACCUCAAGCAGCAGAGAUGGGCAAAGUCAAGUACAUUCUCCUCGACUGCGACAAUACCCUCUGCCAGUCAGAGCGUUUGGCAUUCGAGGCAUGUGCCGAUCUCACCAACGAGGUGCUCAAGAAAUAUGACAUCGAUGCCACCUACACCACCGAGAGUCUUCUCGAAGAUUUCGUUGGAAACAACUUCCGGAACAUGCUCAUCGGCCUCCAGAAAAAGCACAACUUCAGCAUGUCACAGGCCGACAUGGAGAAGUACGUUGACAUGGAGCUCGAUCGUGUCACAGCCAAGCUCGCUGAGAAGGCUGUCGAAUGUCCAGGCGUGACUGAGCAGCUGGAGUGGGCCAAAGCUCAAGGCUACCCGAUGUCUGUCGUGUCAACUUCGGCCAAACCGCGUGUGGUUGCAUCGCUGAAGAAGUGUAAUUUGAUGAGGUUCUUCACGGACGAGCACGUCUACUCCGCAGCCACUUCCAUGCCAGACGGGCCAUCGUCCAAGCCAGAUCCCAAGAUUUAUCUGUACGCCUGUGAGCAGCUGGGCGUCAAGCCAGAAGAAACACUCACAGUCGAGGACUCAAAGUCGGGUGCGACUGCUGCCAUGCGUGCUGGUAUUCCACUGAUUGGAUACGUUGGCAUCUAUGGCCUCGAAGAGGGCAAGGAGAAGGAAGCGCAGAUGGUGAAGACUUUGACCGAGGUCACUAAGGCAGACUUCAUCAUGCACGACUGGAAAGAGUUUCCGGAAGCAGUCAAGAAGAUUGAGGCGAAGAUGUAAGGUCAAGGAAGAAGCCUCACAGGGAAAUGUGACCAUUUCUCGGCGUACUGGUGUAAUAGGCCAUGCUGCACAGGUGUAGAUAUAGAUGCACAGACAGGAGCAUGCACGCUGCACUCUUGCUUUUCAUACUUGUUCAACAUCUUUUAUCUUGCCGUUACAUCAAGCUCA